AUGUCCUUCCCCAACCAACCCCGCGGUGGCCCCGCCGGUGCUCCCCCGAACAUGGCGCAGAGCUUCACCGCCAUGCUGCAGCGCUCCGUCGAUCCUCCACCGCCCGAUCACGCCGUAGACGCCCCAGGGCAACCGUCUUCGGGCCCAGGCUAUGGAGGCGUGUACAGUACGAGCGGCCCACCCCCUCUGGCCCCGCCUGUUCUUGGUGGAGGCCGACCGGCUGGGCCGCAGCAGAUCCUCCCCGUCGACCUCCCGCCACAAGCGUUCCUGACCUCGGCGAUGCUCCUCGACAUGGUGGACAAGAAAGUCGACGUCCUCCUCCGUGACGAGAAGGAGUACAUUGGCAUCCUCCGCUCCUACGACCAGUUCGCCAACCUCGUCCUCACGGAAUGCCACGAGCGAAUAGCUGCGCGCAACCCCGACUUCGGCUCGUCCCCCUCGGAGCCUGCCUGGCUCCUACACGACGUCAAACUGCCGGGGCUCAUGACCAUACGAGGCGAGAACGUGACGAUUUGCGCCACCGUAGAUCUCGACCGGGAAGACACGCCGCGCGGCGUCAAGUAUGCGCCUGUAGAGCACGUCCGCUCGCUAGCAGCCCAGCAAAAAGCCGACAAGAAGGACGUCGACUCACGGAAAGCGAAGGCGCUGAGGCAGUCCGGCAUCGAGCCUGGGUUUGGCAUGACCGCAUAG